CGUGAUCAUAUUCAGUCGCUUUCACAUUGGCUCUAUAAUGCAUCUUUCAGAUCCAUUUCCAAUGAGAGCGUUGAUCAGUUUAAAUCAGUCGUUAACAUUGACGGCAGAUUUUCCACCCACCAACGUAACAUCCCCAUCCCGUAAGCCGGCCCAAUCCACCUAUUGGAGCGCAAGUCCUUCAUCAACACUUACAUGUAAUCGCCAUUUCAAACCCGUCAGCACAAUAUCUCACCCACUAGAGAUUUGA